AUGCCUACGUUCAAAUUCCAUCAUGGCGAACUAGGGCCCAUGACUGGAACCAUCGCGCCAGAUAAUGUGGUCCAAUUUCGUGCCAUAACUUUCGCUACGAUCCCAGGUCGAUUCAAGCAAUCAGUCCUUGCGGAGGGGCUUUCUGGGAAGGCAGACUUCACACAACCAGGGUACGCUUGCCCUCAUAUCAUCCCUGAAGACGGUGCUGGUGGUGGACCAUUUCCGGGAGAAGUGUUUCCAGCUCCAACAGACGAGUUCGAAUGUCUGGUUUUGCAACUCAACAUACCAAUCUCCUGCCUUCAAUCUGCUGGUUCUUCUUCUAAACUCCCUGUUCUGGUGUACAUACAUGGCGGUGGUUUCGUCCUCGGGAAAAUAGACGAGCAGCACAACACAGCAAUCAUGGUCGAACAAUCGCUUCUUGACUCUCAGCCCGUCAUUGGGGCAAGCAUUCAGUAUCGAUUGGGCGCAUUCGGCUACUUGCAUACGCCAGAGCCCGGCAAUGGGAACCUUGCGCUGAAUGACCAGCGCAAUGCUCUUCUCUGGAUCCAGAAGUUCAUUGGAGGGUUUGGGGGAGAUAGAAAUAGGGUUACAGUGUUCGGAGAAUCUGCAGGUUCUAUGUCCAUUUGUGCUCAUAUGCUGUCUUCUCCACCGCCCUCAGGCUCACUUUUCCAAAGAGCGAUUCUCAUGUCAGGGGUCAUUGGGCCGACGACCGCACCAAUUUUACCCGCAGAUGCGAACAAGAUAUACAAUAUGUUUCUGAAGAGUGUGGGAAUCGAAGAAAAGGGAGAGGCUGGCUUGAAACAGCUGAGGGAUUUGGAAGCCCAAAAGCUUGUGCAAGCUUCAGCCCAGUUCUUCAGCGGUGGGUCCUUGUGGCUAUCCGUGCAGGAUGAGCAAUGGUUUGGUGAUGACGCGGGUUCAAUCACUUGGGACAGAAUCCCAGAGUUGAUCGGCAAUUGCGAGUGGGUUGAUGAGAUUAUCUUGGGGACCACAAGCUUUGAGGGUACGACGAUGACGGAAAGGUUCGCCGGUAUCACUCCAGGGGCAUUUCUGUACGGAAUCGCUGCGCAGUCGGGUAAAAAAAGUGCCGAAAUAGUCAGUCAGGUCUAUGAUAUAACGCCAGACAUGGACCAGAACCUGUUCCUUACGGCAGGCCUACGAUGGAUUGGCGACGUAUUUUUCGACGGUAACACGAUUGGUUCCUUGCUCAAGUCCAUCGCUAACCAUCUCAGCACCCACACACCUGCUAUCCCAGUAUCUCACAACACGUACUCAGAAAAAGGUGUAUCGCUACGUCUUCGACGUUCGUAA